AUGGGUCAAGCUCUCUGCCCCAGGAGGAUGUCCAGCAAGAAGAUGGAGACGUCGGGAUGGAUGAAGUGGUUCCUGGGCGUCGGGGAGCGAGAGCUUCUCAAAAGUCGGGAGGCCGUCUUCAAGGAGGGAAGCUUCGUGAACCUGAAGACUGGGCGGCAGUGGCCGGCGGGAGAGUUCGACUGUCCAUCGAUCCAGAAGCUCCGCAAGCAAGUGGAGGCUAAAGUGGUCCCAGGCUCUGAGAGGGCCCGGGCCAGCCCUGUCCUGCGAGUUGUGGAUGGCUGCGAUGUCGGCGAGCUGCAGGCCAUGCUGAGAACUGAGGAUCGGGCGAUGGUGCAGAUUGCUUCGAACUUCAACUGCUUGGAGAAUCCGUCACGAGGCUGCCUACCCGACUACGGAGGCCUGGUGGAGAACUACUGUGUGGAUGCAACUCAAGGACCCGGAGCAUCCUUCGGCGUCCCUGCCGCCAGCCUGCUUCGGGCGCAUUACGCCUUCCAAGAUCCUUCCAGACCGCCGGAGGAGUGGGGGCAGACUGGAACGCGACAGGUCGAGCUUUUGGGCUCUGUGGCGAAGUACUUCGGGAAGUGCGUGAACGGCAAAGUCACCUUAACCGGGGAUGAGGAGGCGCUGAGCCCUUCGCAGAUUGGGGAGGUCGCAGAGCAGAUCAAGGUAGGCGUCCACCGAGACGCGCAGGUCAUCUUCGGGCGCGGCAGCUCUGAAAUUUACUUGGAGAUGCUGGAGGAGCCGUACCCCUUGGUCGAUCAAGUGAUCUCGGCCUCGGUCAAUUGGCGAUCUCCAGGUGCAAGGCCAGCACAGGAGCAGCUUCUUAGCCUGACGCGAGCGGCGUUGCGAGCGGCCUACGAGGGCGCCUACCUGGCGGCUAUUGAGCGCGGUCGGCACUUGCUGCUGCUGACGCUGAUCGGUGGCGGUGCCUUCGGCAACCCGCAGGAGAUCAUUCUGGAGGAGCUGGCGGCUGCACAUGCUCGCUUCGCCUCUCAUCCGGCCAGCGAGCUGCGGGAAGUCCGGCUUUGCCUCUUCGUUGCCGGGACGGCGAAGCCGACGGAAGCCAAGCUAAACGAUCUCUUGCAGCGCUUGGGUCGGGACUAG